UAAACAAAUUUCAAAUUUAGAAUUUGUAUUGCAAAAUUUUGAUACAGAAACUCUCUUUUCUUUGAAUGAUUAUUUUAAUUUCCUUCUUAAAGUAAUUUUAAUAACCCCUAUUAUGGAGCCAAAGAACGAACUACAAAGAAAUGCAAUCGCAUUAGCAAGGAGAAAGGAAUUGGAGACAUACCAACGUGCGCUGGAUAUUCAAUGGCUGAACAGUCGGAUGGACGACAGCCACAUCGGCCGUCAUCUCGCACAGAUAAAUCAAGAGGCGGAAAUGGAGAGAGAUUUUCAAGAGAGAACAGAUCAUUCAGCAAUGGUGAAUGCUAGAACACAGAAAGAGAUUGCAUUGGCCAGCGAGAUAGCUAAACAUAAUCAGGAGGAGAUCUGUCAGCUGCAGCGUAGACAUUACCUUAGAGAGCGGGACCCGGAGCUACGGGCACUGCUGCGAAGGCUGCAGGAUGGCUAUGUCUGCCGGGACUUGAAGCAGCAGAUGCUGCAUAAUCAGUACAAGCGAUUGCAGGAUGAAGCAGAAGAUAGACAACAAAACAGAAUCUUAAUGAGUGCAUUAGCUAUUGACGCUGAAGCAGUCAAAAGAGAAGAGAAAGAAGCAAUGGAGAGGAAGGCCAAACUUCUUCUGGAAAUGCAGCAGCAGCUGGUGGACAGGCAGAGAGUGAAGCAGUGCCAGUUUGAGGAGACAAUGAUUGAAAAGAAGAUGCUAGAAGAAGUUAUGAGAACAAUAGCCGAUGAAGAUCACAGGGAAUUGGAGCAGAAGCGUGAACUGGCGGUGAAGUUAAACAAGGAGAUAGAGACUUUCAAGAAAGCUCGGGAAGCGUGGAAGGAGAAGCAGAAAAAACUCCUCGUCAUCGAGGAGAGGAAUAUUGAGAAUCAGAUAAAACAAGCCGGAGACAGGAGCACGGCCAUAAUAGAAGAAAGAGAGAGAAAGUUUCGCGAAAGGGAGAUGCUGAAUGAAAAAAUUGCCGCGAAAAUUAUGGCGGAUAGGGCCGCGAUACUGGAACGCGAAGAUAUAAUAAGAAGUCUUCAGGAGCAGGAGUACCUGGAGAAGAACAUCCAAGAGGACAUAGCGGAGGUGAAGAAGGCGGCUCGCAGCAAGCGCGACACCGAGGCGGCCCUCACGAUGCAGAUGCAGGCGCGGCGUCAGCGAGCACUGCACCAUUCACAGCAAGAGGCGGACUUCAGGAAACAGUCGGAAGCGCACAUGGAGGCUCUCAAGCAGAAAGAUUUGGAGAAGGAGCGGCAGGUGAAGGAGAAGAAGCGUCAGUACGCGCUGGAGCUGAAGCAGCAGAUGGCGGAGGACGCCAGGAGACGUCAGCACCAGAAGCAGCAGGAGGACCAAGAGGCCAAAUAUGUGUUCGAUACUGAGAAGGCUUGGUUGUGUGAGACGGCGGAGGAGCGCAAGCGCAUCGUGUCUGCGCACGCGGCCCGUCUGCUGGGCUACCUGCAGCCCGCCACCCUGCUGCCUGAGGACCUGCCGCUGCUGCAGCACGCCGCCGCUCAGGACCCUCACCUCCACCACCUGCAGCUGGACGCCCUCGCAAACGCCGACAAACCCGUCAGGCUGCCCAAAUGUAACUCACAGUGCAGAAUUCUCAGAGAAUAUUGAUCAACCUCGCUGUUCUCAUUGCUCAAAUAUUUGUUUAAAAACAUCAAAACGUAGACAUGGACGUAGAGAUGCAGUUACAUCAGUCAAACUCUACAUUAAUAUCGUAUGUCAUGAUAUAUUUGUUAAUCAAGUUCU